UGCCCAGUUUUUAUUUUGUUUUGCUGUUCAGGCUCCUUUCUACAAUUGCACAGCUCAAGUUUGGAAAGGACGGGUUUCAGCUGACGUUGAGCUUUAUGUGCUGCCACCCUCUACCGAAACGACGCGUCCCAACACCGAUAGGAGAUUGGAAUUCUGGAUUCGAGAGAAUGCACCAUAUGGAAGCGUAGUUGGCCAGAUCCCAAAUAAUAAUGAUGGAAACGCAGCCACCUAUUCAAUCAUUGGAAACAGCGAUUUAUCAGUUGAUCCUAGAACUGGUAUCCUUAAAACUGCCACGUUAUUUGACUACGAAACGCAGCAGCUGUACACCUUCAAGCUGAGAACCACCUAUGCUUCAGGGGAAUCUGUUGAUCAAAAUGCAAUUUUAUUGAUUGACGAUGAAAACGAUAAUAUUCCCAAAUUUGACCGAGAAACUUAUAAUGUAACGCUUAGAGAGGAUAUCGGCAUAGGAGAGGAGUUGUUACGAUUACAAUGGUCCGAUAAAGAUUUUAGUGAGUCAAUUUUUGAUCUAUCAAUUAUAUUUGAUUUCUAUGUAUAUUAUAGACAUUGA